CUGUGGGGCGCCUCCCCACGCGCCCGGAACCCGAGGGACGGGAACCGUCAUGGCCACUUUGCAGAUGGUCCCAGGUGUGCACACCUUCAUCAGGCUUUGGGGAAGAUGGCAGCCCUGGGGGAAAGUCAGGAGUCCCCUCGUGUCCUGUCCCCUGUUAGUCUCAAGUCACCGGGGACAGCUGGAGCCCACCACCAGGAAGCCCAGCUUCACUUCCACAGUCAUCAACACGGCUCCCCUGGCUGCAGCCCUGGGGUGUUCUCCCAGCUACCACGGGAGGAGGAGCUGUUGGACCUGGAUGUGCAGGGCGUGGAGGAGGUCCAGAUGGGCAGGGACACCUACUGGCCAGAUUCCCAGUCAGAGCCCGAGCAGGCUCUGUCAUCUCCCCACCUGCAGGACCCUGCAGACGAGGUGGACCAGGGUGGUGGGGCGCGAAGGGCCCUGCUGAGGGGUCUUCCGCAUAGACCCACGUGUGCAGGCAGCUUUGCACAGGAGCCCAGCUUGGAGCAGCCUGCAGGCCCGCUACCAGAGGCCAUGUCAUGCCCACAGAAGAAGGGCACCUGGCACAUGCCACAGGGAGCCUCUGGGACCGAGGGUGGCCGAGAGCUAGGGGACAACUUUGGCCGGGGCUCAGGCCUGCGGAGUGGGAAGCCUCAUCGGUGUGAGGCCUGUGGCAAGAGCUUCAAGUACAACUCACUUCUGCUGAAGCACCAGCGCAUUCACACAGGCGAGAAACCCUAUGCCUGCCAUGAGUGCGACAAGCGUUUCCGUGGCUGGUCGGGUUUCAUCCAGCACCACCGCCUCCACACGGGCGAGAAGCCCUAUGAGUGCGGCCAGUGCGGCCGAGCCUUCAGCCACAGCUCGCACUUCACGCAGCACCUGCGCAUCCACAAUGGCGAGAAGCCCUACAAGUGUGGUGAGUGUGGCCAGGCCUUCAGCCAGAGCUCCAACCUGGUGCGGCACCAGCGGCUGCACACGGGCGAGAAGCCAUACGCCUGCAGCCAGUGCGGCAAGGCCUUCAUCUGGAGCUCCGUGCUCAUAGAGCACCAGCGUAUCCACACCGGUGAGAAGCCCUACGAGUGCGGCGACUGCGGCAAGGCCUUCCGUGGCCGCUCCCACUUCUUCCGGCACCUGCGGACCCACACGGGCGAGAAACCCUUUGCCUGUGGUGCCUGUGGAAAGGCCUUUGGCCAGAGCUCACAGCUUAUCCAGCACCAGCGUGUCCACUACCGGGAGUAGUGGCCACAGACGGGCCUCUAGGGGGAGGCUGCAGAGUGCCGGACGCUCCAGCCUUCGCACCCUUCCCAGUUGGCACUGCACACCUAGUGUCCCAAAUAAAUUUUUAAUUGAUGGAAACCAGA